AUGACAGACGCUGAUCCAUACUUCGUCUACAAGAUCGUUUCAUUUUCUUCUCCUGUGCAAGAACCGCUUCCCGAUCGACUCCCGGUAAGCGAGAUAGAUAAAAAGUCGAACUUUAUUCACCUCUCGACCUCGUUCCAAGUACCCAACACACUGAAAGGCUUCUUCGCAAAAGAUCCGCUUGUUUAUGUACUCCGGAUCCCAUAUGCCUCCAUAGCUCAAGAUGUCCGCUGGGAGGAUCCCGAGAGUGCAGUAUGCGGUCCUCGACCCAAAGAGGGGUUGUUUCCACAUUUGUACAACGACCUCAAGCUAGGAAAGGACGAGGUUGAAAGUAUUGCUAUAUGGACAAAUGAUCAAGGAUGGGACAAUGCCCUGACAAAGGCCAAACCAUGGCUUGUGUAUUAG